GACCGCACUCGGCUUCCGUACGUACGGGAGAGGAAGGAGUGCGUGUUGAUCUGCGCAGCCCGGGUGACGUCUCCCCAUGAUGGCUGCUGCAAUGGCGGAGCAGGAGGGCUCCAAAGGCAGCGCCCGGAACCGGGGAGGAGUGCAGCGUGUGGAGGGGAAGCUUCGGGCCAGCGUGGAGAAGGGAGAUUACUACGAGGCUCACCAGAUGUACCGCACACUGUUCUUCAGGUAUAUGCCACAGAACAAACACACGGAAGCCAGAGAAUUAAUGUAUUCUGGAGCUCUGCUGUUUUUCAGCCACGGUCAACAAAACAGCGCUGCUGAUCUGUCCAUGCUUGUGCUGGAGUCACUAGAAAAAUCUGAAGCUAAAGUAACGGAAGACUUAUUAGAAAACUUGGCCAAAUUGUUUAGUUUGAUGGAUCAAAACUCCCCGGAGCGAGUGGCGUUUGUGUCCCGGGCUCUCAAAUGGUCCUCUGGAGGGCCAGGAAAACUAGGUCACCCAAAGUUACACCAAUUACUAGCUAUUACGUUAUGGAAAGAGCAAAACUAUUAUGAGUCCCGGUAUCACUUUCUGCACUCAUCAGAUGGUGAAGGCUGCGCCAAUAUGUUAGUAGAAUACUCGUCUACCCGUGGCUACCGCAGUGAGGUGGAUAUGUUUGUGGUACAGGCCGUCCUGCAGUUCCUCUGUUUAAAAAACAAAACCAGUGCAUCAGUGGUUUUCACAACAUAUACAGAGAAGCAUCCUUCAAUAGAGAGGGGUCCUCCUUUUGUACAGCCCCUUUUAAACUUUAUUUGGUUUCUACUACUGGCUGUUGAGGGUGGGAAAUUAACCGUAUUUACAGUAUUGUGUGAACAGUAUCAGCCAUCUUUAAAAAGAGAUCCUAUGUAUAAUGAGUAUUUGGACAGGAUAGGACAACUUUUCUUUGGCGUACCUCCUAAACAGUCAUCUUCAUAUGGGGGAUUAUUGGGUAACCUGUUGAAUAGUCUAAUGGGGGCUGGUGAGGAUGAGGAUGAAGUGGAGGACGGCCAGGAUGACAGCAGCCCUAUCGAAUUAGAUUGAGAGAGAAUCUACUGACUGGGAGCUGCAUGAAGAGAACAAUAUAAACUGGAGCUGAAAACAGACUUCUUUCCAUGAUGAGUCUUUGAAGGGACGUUAGUGGGCAGCUGUACUGAGCUGCCCUCUUAUCCCGAUGAUGGAAGAGUUUAAGUGUUUUGCUCUAAAUAAAUUAUUUCACGGGGUAGCUGAUAAA